CAAAAUUCAUUUGCCGAACGGUUUCUUGUCAGGUGUUGGACAGAAACGGACGACAGACUGAACCUUUACCUUUAUUUUCUUUCAAAGCUAAAAAUGAAUAAUUUGAUCGAACGACAAAGAGGUCUCCAUGAAGAGAUCGAACGUUUGGAGCAAGCGAUCGUUGAUCAGUUCAUGCAAGAUCCAAAGACACAUCGCGAACGUUUACGCAACGAACAUGUCGUCGACAAAUUUCUGACUCGCAUUGCCGACAAGAGUGAAAAUUUGUACGAUAUGUAUGAAGAUAAGAAUGGAUUACGACAGUCCGAAGUCGAAGCUCUAUCUGCAUCAACAGAAUUCAGCGAGUUUUAUGAACGUUUACGCGUAAUUAAAGACCACCAUCGCAAAUACCCUAAUGAACCCGUUGAACCUCCAGAAAUGGAAUUCAUCCAUAUGAAUUUGAAUAAUGGAGCUGGUGGCGAAGAAGGCGAAGAAGACGAACUCGAGAAAAAGUUCUCUGGUGAAGAAAGCUAUGGCCGGUACCUGGAUAUGAAUGAAUUGCACAACGAAUAUGUCAACUUGAAAGACGUAAAAAAGCUGGAUUAUUUGCAGUACCUGAGCGAAUUUGAUGAUUUCGCUCAAGCGUACCCAAGGAAUAUCAAAACAAGUCCAGAAUAUAAGCAGUAUUUGGAUCAUUUGAAAACAUAUCUGUACUCAUUUUUCCGCCGAGCAAAACCAUUGUUUGACCUUGUUGAGAUGGAGAAACAAGUAGACAAGGAUUUGGAAGAAAAGUGGGAAAAAGGGCAAAUCCCUGGAUGGGAAGAGAUCGGAAAUGACAUGGUGGAUUCGGACGUAUACUGUGAAGCUUGUCAAAAACAAUUCACAAAGAAAACUGUGUACGAUAGUCAUUUGACAGGAAAGAAACAUCGAAAGAAUGCCGAAAAGUUGCAAGGAGAGCAGCAAGAACAAACAAACGGUGAAUAUAAUGGCAGUGCCAAACAAGACCGACGAAGAGGACUUGCACGAAACGAACUUCUGAUAGCAAAAUACGCCGAAGGAUUGUCAGAUAUUCGAGAAGAGACCAAAAGCAAUGUGGAACGAAAGCAGGCACUUACAGACAAAGAACGUACACUCGAACAAGAUCAGGAAGAAAUCGAUCUUGCUGAGCAAGAAUCAGAUGAUGAAGACGAAGAUCGUAUCUACAAUCCACUCAAACUACCACUUGGUUGGGAUGGCAAGCCAAUUCCUUACUGGUUGUAUAAGCUUCAUGGUUUGGGUGUGGAGUAUCCAUGCGAAAUUUGCGGCAAUUAUGUCUACAUGGGUCGUAAGGCAUUCGAUAAACAUUUCCAAGAAUGGCGACACGCGCACGGUAUGCGCUGUCUUGGCAUCCCGAACACUCGACAUUUCCAUGAAAUCACAAAGAUUGAUGACGCCUUUGCCUUAUAUGCAAAGUUAAAGAAAGAAAACGCGGCUGCAGACUUUGUUGCUGACUCCAUGGAAGAAUACGAAGAUGAUGAAGGCAACGUAUACAACAGAAAGACCUACGAAGAUCUGCGACGACAAGGCAUCAUCUAGAUAUACUGUGUUAUAUAUAUAAAGAGAGAAAAGGGUAACAAAAAAAGCAUUUCUAAAAUAAUAAAUAUUUA